AUGGCGUCAAGGAUCAACAUCGAGACCUACCCAGGCAACAUCAUCAACAACGAGUUUGUGCCUACACCGACGACACGCCACUCGAUCGACCCAGCCACAGGCAAGCCUCUCUACGAGGUACCAGUCGCCCGCAAAGAAGACCUCGAUGCCGCUGUCAAGCAUGCCCGCGCAUCGUUCAAGUCAUGGUCUGCCACUUCGUUCGAGGACCGAUCAAAAUUGCUCCUCGCCUACGCUGAUGCUGUCGAAGCUAAUCGUACGGAUAUUGAGCGUCUCCAGACCAUGGAGCAGGGCAAGCCUCUUUCUUUGGCCCAGACUGAAGUCAGCAUGGCUCUCACCUGGCUUCGUCAAUUCGCAACCAUGGAGGUAAAAAGCGAAGUCAUCGAAGAUACCGAAGAACGGACCAUAUAUUCUACAUUCCCGCCUUUAGGCGUGUGCGCUGCUAUCGUUCCGUGGAACUGGCCUAUUUUGCUCGGGCUUGGCAAGGUUGGCCCCGCUCUGAUGACGGGUAAUACGGUUAUUAUGAAGCCGUCUCCGUACACUCCAUACUGCGAUCUCAAGCUAGGGGAGAUCGCCAUGAGUAUUUUCCCUCCCGGUGUCUUCCAGGUCCUAAGCGGCGACGAUUCUCUAGGACCAUGGAUAACCGAGCAUCCUGGUGUUGAUAUGGUCUCCUUUACUGGUUCUAUUCCUACCGGUAAGCGAGUCGCUGCGAGCUGUGCCAAAACCUUGAAAAGGUACGUCCUAGAGUUGGGCGGCAACGACGCUGCGAUUGUAUGCGACGACGUGGAAAUCUCGAAAUGCCUGCCAAAGAUUACGACGCUUGCUUUUCUCAACUCGGGUCAGAUCUGCAUGCUUCCGAAGCGAAUUUACGUCCACGAGAAGAUAUAUGACCAAUUCAAAGACGCCAUGGUUGACUUCACCAAGAACAAUAUUAAGACUGGCGGAGGCUUUGAGGCGGAUGUUGUUGUUGGACCAAUUCAGAACAGCAUGCAAUUCGAGGUUGUCAAGGACAUGUAUUCACAGAUUGACAAGGCUGGCUGGAAGACCGCACUUGACGGCAAAGCCCGCGACGGCGCGGAAGGAUACUUCAUGGAGCCUGCUAUUAUCGACAACCCUCCGGAGGCAUCGCGGAUCGUCGUAGAGGAGCCCUUUGGUCCUAUCGUGCCUAUCAUGAAAUGGUCUUCGGACGAUGAUGUUAUUGAACGAGCCAAUGCGCUCGAGACCGGACUGGGUGCUUCAGUGUGGAGCAGGGACCUCUUUCGCGCCGAGAAGAUGGCCCGACAGCUGAGUGCAGGCAGCGUUUGGGUCAAUUCGCAUUUCGACGUCGCGCCGAAUGUCCCCUUCGGAGGUCACAAAGAGAGCGGUGUUGGAAUGGAAUGGGGCAUUGAAGGCUUCAAACAUUUUACGAACACACGAAGUCUAUGGGUGUGGAAGAAGACUUUUGAUUGA